AUGGGUUUGUAUUUAACAAAACCUGAAACAACUAAAUUAACUUAAUCAGGUUAAGUAUUUGAUUAUACAUAUACAUCUACAUCAUUGCAGGGUUGGCAAAUCUAAUAGGAUGAAUUUACUAUUAUUAAAGAGAAAUUUGAUUAAGAAAAUAGUUUAUUCUGUAUAGUGGAAUAAUAUGGUGGAAUAGAAUAUGGCAAAUACAUUUAAGAUCAUAUAGUGGAAGCGUUAAUUAAUGACUAAGAAUAUAAAUAAAAAAAUUAUGAUAAAGCUAUUGUCAGUUUAUAUGAGAGAUUGGAUAAUCAAUUGAAAAAUCAAUUUAAAGAGAGUACUAGUUAUUAAGGUGUAACUCUAUUAUUAACAUUGAUUACUAAUGAAAAUAUUUAUGUAGCCAAUGCAGGAGUACUUAAUACUUUUUGAUAUCAUAUAGUUAUCUAGAUGUGUAAUUAGAUAUGAAGGAAAGCAUAAAGUAAUGACAGUUGAACAUUAUCCUAUUAAUGAUUUAGAGAAAUAACGUAUUCUUGCUGCUGGAGGUGAAGUUUGGGAAAAUAGAUUAAAUGCUCAUCUUCCAUAUAGUAGAGGUCUUGGAAAUUUUGAAUAUAAAUCCAAUUCCAAUCUAGAUUAAAGCAAAUAACUUCUUAUUUCUGUACCAAGUAUUAAGUAUGUUGACAAAGAAGAUACUGAGUUAAUUUUAAUGGGAAGUCACGGUUAAAAUUAUUCAUGAUGAAUUUUUAGGUUUUUGGGAAACUUGGACUAAUAAUGCCAUAACAGAAAUGAUUCUUGAAAGAAUUUAAUAAGGAAAAGCUUUGUCUGAUAUUUUAGAAACAAUUUGCGAUUCAAUUGUUGCAAAGAAUGUUGAAUCAGAAUAUGGAAAAGAUAACAUUUCUAGUAUUUUAAUUUAUUUCUAAAGAGGAUAAAAAAACAAGUUAUUUGAUCAAUGA